GUGUAACAGUCCUAGCUCCUAGCUGUCCUGGAACUUGUUCUGUAGACCAGGCUGGCCUCGAAUUCACAGAGAUCCACCUGCCUCUGCCUCCCAAGUGCUAGGAUUAAAGGUGUGUGGUACCACCACCUGGACUCUCCUUCUAUUUUUAAUCUUUAUUUAUUAAUAAUUUUAUUUUUGUUUUUUUGAGACAGACUCUCACUUUGUAGCCCCUCUGGCCUGGAACUCACUAUAUAGACCAGGUCAGUACCAUCACACCCAGUCCUGCUAUUUUUAAUAAGUAAGUUUUUACCUUUUCCAUUUAAAACUCUAUAUGACAAAUUUUAAACUCAUAUAACCAGAAUCUCUUUGAGUUUCUCAAUAAUUAAGAGUUUGUCAAAAAAAAAAAAAAGAGCUUGUCAGGAGUGGUGGCAUAAGCCUUUAAUCCCAGUGCUUGGGAGGCAGAAACAGGCAGAACUCUGUGAGUUCGAGGCCUGAUCUACAUAUCAAGUUCUAGGACAGCAAGAGCUACAUAAUGGAGAGACUCUGUAACAAAAUAAUAAUAAUAAUAAUAAUAAUAAUAAUAAUAAUUCAUAGUAUAAAAGGGCCGAGGGAGAUGGAUUCUAAUUUGGCUAUGUGGUGCAUGCCUGAAAUCUCACAGUUGUGAAGUAUGCAGGGAUGAUGAAUAUUAGCUUAGCAAUCUGGGAUUCCACUUGGUUUGGGUUAUAUACCUGCUUCUAAUAAUGCACAUGGCAGCCUGAGACCUUUACCCACCUGUACUAUGAGUGUACAGCCCUCUCUAAACAAUAAAAUGUUUCUCCUUAUUUAAUAACUAUCAAAUUGUACAAUGUUUUGUUUGUUUUUUAUUUUUAAAGAUUUAUUUAUUUGUUAUGUAUACAGUGUUCUGUGUGCAUUUUUGCCUGCAUGCCAGAAGAGGGCAUCAGAUCCAAUUAUAGAUGGCUGUGAGCCACCAUGUGGUUGUUGGGAAUUGAACUCAGGACCUCUGGAAGAGCAGUCAAUGUUCUUAGCCUCUGAGCCAUCUCUCCAGCCCUGCCUUAUUUGUUUUUGUUUUGUUUUGUUUUUAAGACAAGGCCUCUCUGGGUAGUUCAGGCUGUCCUGGAACUCUCUCACAGUGGUCCAUCUGCCUCUGCUUCCCAAGUGCUGGGUUUUUCUGUAUAACAGCCCUGGCUGUCCUGGAACUAUGUAGACCAGGCUCACCUCAAAAUCACAAAGAUCUGCCUGUCUCUUCCUCACAAGGGCUGGGAUUAAAGGUGUGUGGUACCACUGCCUGGCGCUUGUACAGUUUCUACUCAAUCAGCAUCAGGAGCGCUGAUCCAGCCUGAUCUAAAUUUAGGUGCAUGUUUGUAUUGGUUACUUUUCUAUUGCUGUGAUAAAACACCAUGAUCAACACAACUUGUAGAAGAAAGUUUGUUUGGGUUUAAGUUUCCAGAAGAAUGAGAGUUCACCACAGCAGGGAUUCAAGGCAGCAGGCACAGCAGCAGGAACAGAAAUCGGAGAGCUCACAUCUCAACCAUCAACACUGAGUAGGGACAGCAACUGCACAUGUGGGACGUCUUUAAACUCUCAAAGCUUGCCUCAUGUGACAUGCUUUCUCCAAAAUGGCCAUUCUUCCUAACUCUCCCCAAACAGUGCCAGCAACUGGGGACCAAGUUGAGCCUAUGGAGGAUACUCUCAUUCAAAUCACUACAAUAUACAACAAGGCAAACUCUACCUUCUAAGUGAACUUUUGGGAAAAUCCUCUGUUUACUAUCUUAUGCCUAUACAUAAAUGGGCAUGCAUAAGAUUAAAACCAGUUGCAUUAUGGGAAAGGACAUGCACAGUGAGCAAAGGCUGCCAGUCAAACUCCAAGCCCUGGUAACUGCUGAACCCCUGGAAGAGUGCUCCACGCACGGCCUGCGGUCACACUCCACACGUAUCUAGCCUGUUCUUUGCUGGAGCCAGAUCAAAUACUGCGUGAAGCGAGUGGAAAGACGUCAGUAAACCAUGCCCGGGAUCCCAAACCCAGGCUGCUCCAUCCCUUCUGGCUCCGCCCUCUUCUGGGUAAUGAGCCCGCCUCUCACGCCGAUUGAUCGAGCGGUCCCCUCGCCGUUGCGAAGGACAGAGCCCCUGGACUCCCAGGUUCCUGGCCAGGGAGGUGGAGGAAAAGGAGAGACCUAUCUGCCAGGGCGAGUGUGGCCUGAAGGCCAGGCUGCUGGUUCUAGGAUGCCCCAGCCCAAGCCCAGUGAGCAAGAGGGUGAGAGCGUGAAGGGCGGCCAGGAGCCAACUCCCCAGCCUGGCAUGGAUGUGGUCCCAGCAGCCCCCAGGAAGCCCAGAAAAUGCUCCAAACUGGUCCUGCUGACAGCGUCCAAAGACAGCGCCAAAGUGGCUGGGGCCAAGCGCAAAGGAGUACACUGCAUCAUGUCCCUGGGGGCACCAGGCCCUGCCACCCUGGCCAAGGCUCUCCUCAAGACUCAUCCCGAGGCUCAACGGGCCAUUGAAGCAGCCCCCCAGGAGCCUGAGCAGAAGCGUAGCAAGCUGGACCCGGAUGGCCCAGAAGACAGCGGAUGGUCUGGGGUGUCUUCUUCAAGUCCCAAGGAGACCACUGUGCUCCCCAAGGCACCCAGCACUUCCCCAUAACCUUGGCAACUGCUGCGGCAUGUGUUGCUCACUGCAUCAGUUACUUUUAUAAGCAAGAGGGAAAAAGAGAGAAAAUAAAAGAAGCUGUAUGCUAUUUCCCACCAUG